AUGGGUAGAAAAAAGACGCAAUUGGCUAUGUUGGCCCUUGCAGCCGUCACAAUAGCUGCUAAUGGUACCUCAGCUCUCCCCAUAGAUGAUAGUAGUAGCUUGGCAACUUUUCAUGAACAUCAACAUAAACACCAACUCGGUAAACGUUGCGAAGAUCAUGAGCACGGUCAAGCAGAAAUUUUGCCUGCAACAGAACCCACAGUAGCAACACAAGAUAAAAACUCGCAUAACAAAUCCAAAGAAAACGAAAAUGAACAUGGAAAAGGCAAAAGCAAGAAAAGCAAGAAAAGCAAGAAAGGUAAAAAAACUUCGAAAGCCAAAACAUCAACUACAAAUGCUGAAUCAAACAAAUCCGCUUUUCAUGAAAAUGCUCCAGUCGCUAGAAACAAAGACUCAAAUGUUAAGGUUAACGGCAAUGGAUAUGGCAGUGGUAAUAACUCGUCUAAGGAUAUCAAUGCAGAAGUUAACACUAAUACAAAGGACAACAGUAACUCGUCUAAAGAAGUUAACAGCAAUGCGAAUGAUAGCAGUAACACGUCUAAAGAUAUCAAUGCAGAAGUUAACACCAAUGCAAAGGAUAGCAGUAACUCGUCUAAAGAUAACAAUGCAGAAGCUAACACUAAUACAAAUGACAACAGUAUCUCGUCUAAAGAAGCUAACAGCAAUGCGAAUGACAAUAGUAACUCGUCUAAAGAUAUCAACGCAGAAGUCAACACAAAUGCAAAUGAUAACAAUAACUCGUCUAAAGAUAUCAACGCAGAAGUUAACAACAAUGCAAAUGAUAGCAGUAACUCGUCUAAAGAAGCUAACACCAAUGCGAAUGACAGUAGUAACUCGUUUAAAGACAACAACGCAGAAGUUAACACCAAUGCAAAUGAUAGCAGUAACUCGUCUAAAGACUCGCCCAAAGAAGCUAAUAGUAAUGCGAAUGACAAUAGUAACUCGUCUAAAGAUAACAAUGCAGAAGCUAACACCAAUGCAAAUGACAAAAGUAACUCGUCUAAAGAUAUUAACGCAGAAGUUAACACCAAUGCAAAUGAUAACAAUAACUCGUCUAAAGAUAUCAAUGCAGAAGUUAACACCAAUGCAAAUGAUAACAGUAACUCGUCUAAAGAUGUUAACGCAGAAGUUAACACCAAUGCAAAUGAUAGCAGUAACUCGUCUAAAGAAGCUAACAGCAAUGCGAAUGACGAUAAUAACUCGUCUAAAGAUAUCAACGCAGAAGUUAACACAAAUGCAAAUGAUAACAGUAACUUGUCUAAAGAUGUCAACGCAGAAGUAAACACCAAUGCAAAUGAUAGCAGUAACUCGUCUAAAGAUAGCAAUGCAGAAGUUAACACCAAUGCAAAUGACAGUAGUAACUCGUCUAAAGACAAUAACGCAGAAGUUAACACCAAUACAAAUGAUAACAAAGAAGCUAACAGCAAUGCGAAUGACAGUAAUAACUCGUCUAAAGAUAUCAACGCAGAAGUUAACACAAAUGCAAAUGAUAACA